AUGAUGAUCUUGUUGGACCCUGAUGACACGCUUAGCCGACGCUGGCUGGAAAAUCGAGAGCGGCAAGUGAUGCCGCCGCGGACUUGUUUUGCCGAGCAGUGCUGUGCUGGCUCGGAACCGCCGCGUAUCAUGCUUGCUCAUUGCAUGUGCUCCAGCGAUCAUUCGUUGCGGACCGUAGCACUUGAGAUCGCUGGUGACCUGUGCGACCCGUGCUCAAGCAUGCCAGUCGUGGUAGACUCGGAUCAGUCAGACAGCAGCAGCCGAAUGCCUCCACAAGCCCCUUUUUGCAGUCCGAGCGGAAGUGCUUUUCCGGCUAAGUUAGCGGCCAACAUCGACGCGUUGGCAAAAGUCAACUGGAUUAAAAGGGAAAUCUAUCCAAAAAUAGAGACACAAAAAUCAAGCGACCCGAACACUGUAGAUCGGAGGUCCCGAUUCGGCGAGGCUUACCAACGGAUUGAUCGCUGCUCUCCGCUUAUCGCCAUUAUUGCAGGCUGGACGAUCCUCGAUCCGACGUCUCUGCCACACUCGCAGAGGUCACAGACGGAAUCGAUACCAAGAAGAUAUGUGUGUAUUGUACAGGAUACGAGCUCGUGGCUCUGA